AUGUUAAACGGAUUACCCGAAGGAUAUCUUCCUAAAUGGAAUCUCAUUGUUUCAGUAAUAGCUUUCUUCAAUACAAUGCAAACUUAUGUUAAUUUGAAAUUGACUCGACGUUUAUAUAAUACUUCUGAUCAAGUAAACGCUCUUGGAGCAAGACUUUUUGGGACUUGGACACUGGUCUCUGCAGUUGUAAGAUUUUAUGCAGCUUAUCAUAUUUCUAAUUCUGUUGUUUACGAAAUAACAUUAUGGACAUAUUAUAUCGCGGCAUUCCAUUUCAUUAGUGAAUGGCUUGUAUUUAAAAGCAGUAAAUUUGGUGCACCACUUGCAGGACCACUUGUUGUUUCUACCCUAACUAUUAUUUGGAUGAACAUAUCUCGUGACAAUUACAUAAAUUAG